GGUGCUGGGGACUGUGCUGUGCCGACCAGAUGUGGCUCUGAGGCCAGCUCUGUGCCCUGGCUCCAGAUAUGGAGCCCAUCUCACAGCUCCCAUUGCCCAAGCACAAGGAGGGGGGCUGGUCCCACGGGUGCAGGGAGAGCCCAGCGUUGGGUUAGAGAAGGGCAGUCAGAGAGAUGUGAGCUGAAGUGACCUGAUGGAGUACUGGUGGGCGAGCAGUGUGCUGGGGAAGAGCCAGAACCAUCUCAUUUCCUCUGCUCGUGGCCGUGCUGUGGCAGGAGGUGGCUGUGUCAUGGCCGAAGUGCUGCGAACAGGCCUUGGACUGCGGCCACGAGGCAGACUCAGGGCCUUCUGGUGGGAACAGCCGGCCGGUGAGUGAGCUGGCUGGUGGGGUGUUGAGAAGGGCCAGCUCAACCCUCACAGCAAUUUUGGUGGUAUUUUUCACCUAUAGCUGUGACUACUACAAGUAGAAUAAUAGACAGCCCCUGCCCUCCUGCAUUUGCAGCAAGCUUUGCUCCGCUCCUUCCAGGCUCUCCACAGGCCCUGGAGGCCUUGUCGUGACCCAUUUUUGCCUCCUUACAGGAGGUGAGCUGUGGGGCUAAAGCUGGAUCGGAUCAAUGCAGCAGUACACAGCUAAGUGCAAAAGGCGCAGCAGCCCGAAGGGAAGUCAGGCAGGAGGCAAGGAGAGCUUUUGUAGCACAGCCUUACCUUGUGCCAUAGGACAUCCCUUUCUCUCAGCCCACCUGCAGCCUAGAGACGAGGCAAAAGGAAGGGCAACGUAACAAGCAAUUAGGCAGACCUCAUUAUCACAGUGGCAGGCCUAUGAGAGGAGAAGCUUGGGCUGGGUGCCCCCAGGUGAGCCUGGUCUGCAAUCACCAGGCAUGGAUGGCCUCCUUCCUUCAGGGACCAGGCUGUGUGCUGGGGUUGGCAGGGUGUGAGCACGGUGCUUCUUGUGGCCAAGCAGCAGCUGUGUGGGUGUUGAAGAAGAGGAGGCACCAGACAUUGACAUCUAUCACUGUCCAAAUUGUGAGAAAACCCAUGGAAAGUCUACUUGGCAUAAUUCAAAGCCCAUCCAAAUUGAUGUCAAACCUACCACUGCUGGACAGACCUUUAGACAAAGUGAAAAAGAAAAGAAAUUGGCAUAAACACGAUACUGGACAGACUACAGAGGUCAAACCUGUACAGAACGGGAGUCAAGUCUUUAUAAAGGAACUUCGAAGUCGUACUUUUCCCAGUGCUGAAGAUAUAGUAGUGAAAGUGCCAGGCAGCCAACUAACAACAGAGUAUUUGGAAGAAAAUGGUUUCACAGAGCCCAUCCUGGUUCCAAAGAAGGAUGGUCUGGGUUUGUCUGUGCCAGCACCCACCUUCUACGUCAGCGAUGUUGAAAACUACGUUGGACCAGAGAGAAGUGUUGAUGUCACCGAUGUCACCAAACAGAAAGACUGCAAGAUGAAGCUGAAGGAAUUUGUGGAUUACUACUACAGUACAAACAGGAAAAGGGUCCUCAAUGUGACUAACCUGGAGUUCUCGGACACAAGGAUGUCCAGUUUUGUAGAACCUCCAGAUAUAGUUAAGAAGUUGUCCUGGGUGGAAAACUAUUGGCCUGAUGAUGCUCUUCUGGCUAAACCAAAAGUUACCAAGUACUGCCUGAUCUGUGUGAAGGACAGCUACACAGAUUUCCACAUAGAUUCGGGAGGAGCUUCUGCAUGGUACCAUGUGCUGAAGGGAGAAAAAAUAUUUUAUCUCAUCAAACCAGCCUCUGCAAAUAUUUCACUCUAUGAACGCUGGCAAUCAGCAGCAAACCACAGUGAAAUGUUUUUUGCAGACCAGGUAGAUAAAUGUUACAAAUGCACAGUUAAACAAGGACAGACACUCUUCAUUCCUUCAGGUUGGAUUUAUGCAACUCUAACACCUGUAGACUGCCUGGCCUUUGCAGGACAUUUUCUACAUAGUCUAAGUGUUGAAAUGCAGAUGAGGGCAUAUGAAGUAGAAAGACGAUUGAAAAUUGUCAGUCUAACUCAGUUUCCAAACUUCGAAACUGCAUGUUGGUAUAUGGGAAAGCAUCUAUUAGAGACAUUCAAAGGUUUGCACAAAGCUGGGCAACAACCACCUGCUCAUUUACUCCAAGGAGCAAAAAUUCUCAAUGGUGCUUUCAGGUCAUGGACUAAAAAACAGGCUUUAGCAGAGCAUGAAGAUGAACUACCAGAAAACUUCAAACCAGCACAGCUUAUCAAGGACCUUGCCAAAGAAAUACGAUUAAGUGAGAAUGCUUCGAAAGCCAGCAAAGCAGACACGAGUGCCAACACAAAUGCUGAGGAGAUCUGUCCUGUGGAGCAGGAGGAGGCACCAUCACCCGUCCAAGUGACACCUCCACCCCCACCUGUAGAAAAGCUCCCUAAAAAAAAGACUCCAAAAACUGUGAAAACCCCCAAACAACUCAAGCCAUCCAAGCCUCCUAAACCCCCCAAGCCUCCCAAACCCCCCAAACCUCCCAAAACACCAAAAGUCAAGGGAGAAGGAAAAAAGAAAGGAAAGAAGGCAAAAGAGAGUCCACCGCCAGCCAUCCCGAAUCUUGACUUGCUGGAGGCACACACAAAGGAGGCUUUGACAAAGAUUGAGACGCCAAAGAAGGGAAAGGCUGCAAAGAAUGUUUUAAGUGUUCCCAAUAAGGAAACAGCUAAUAAGCAAAAUGAGGUGGAGAAAUUUGAACCUCGAGAGCAAAAUAAAAGCAAAACAGAAGCCAAAUGGAAAUAUAAGAACAGUAAACCUGAUUCACUAUUAAAAAUGGAAGAGGAACACAAAUCAGAAAAGACGCCUUUAUCAGGAAAUAAGGACAACAAAUUUACAUUCUCUUUCUCUAAUAAGAAGUUGCUUGGUUCAAAGGGAGUCAAAACCCAACUGAAUACUAGUGUGUUUGGGUCACUGCAGAAUUUUAAAGAAGAUAAAGCAAAACCUGUACGAGAUGAGUAUGAGUAUGUGUCAGAUGAUGGUGAGCUAAAAAUUGAUGAGUUCCCAAUCAGAAGGAAGAAAAACACUACAAAAAGAGAACUGCCCUUUUUAUCAGAUAAAAAAGACACUCUGCAGCAUACUCCUGUUAAGAAGUCAAAGGUGGAGUCGGUGGCAUAUAAGAGUGAUGACUCGUCGGAUGAAGAUUUGCUUCACAUUGACACAGAGGCAAAGUCAGGGCGUAAUUCCAAAGUAAAGAAAGAGAGCGGAAGUUCAGCAGGAAUUCUUGACCUUUUGCAAGCAAGCAAGGAAGUUGGGGGUUUAGAGUAUAACACCAACAGUCAGCCACCUGCCUCACCCAGCACGCAAGAAGCAAUCCAGGGCAUGCUAUCGAUGGCAAACCUCCAGUCAUCAGACUCCUGCCUCCAGGCAUCCUGGGGUACCAAUCAGGCGAAGAAUAACUCCAUCUCCACACAGAACUCUAAAAAAACAGGCGGUGGUAGUAACAAAAAUGCUGGCAAACGGUUACUAAAGAAAAGCACAAAAAACAGUAUUGACAUUGAAGAUUACGAUGAAGAUCAGGACCAUUUAGAUGCCUGUUUUAAAGAUUCAGAUUAUGUUUACCCUUCUCUUGAAUCGGAUGAAGAUAAUCCAGUAUUCAAAUCUCGAUCAAAGAAAAGGAAAAGCUCAGAUGAUGCCCCUUAUAGCCCAACAGCACGAGUUGGCCCCUCGGUGCCUCGACAAGACAGACCGGUGCGAGAGGGUACAAGAGUCGCCUCCAUUGAAACAGGACUCGCCGCUGCUGCUGCAAAGCUGUCACAGCAGGAGGAACAAAAAGGCAAGAAGAAAAAAAAUACCAAAAAGAAGCUGUCAACCAACAACGCGAACAAACCGGCUCAGGAAGGCAGCUCGCCAGAGCCGAAGCUGGAGUCACAUGCCAGCAGCCUCACAGAUCACGAGUACACCGCAGGGGCCAGCACCUUUGGGGUCGCCCAGCCUAACAGGGGAUCACAGCCGAUGGCACCCGGUGUUUUCCUCACACAGAGGAGACCCUCAUCAUCCUCGCAGAACAAUGCCUCCGCCAAAGGAAAGCGCACGAAGAAGGGGAUGGCCACGGCCAAGCAGCGGCUCGGCAAGAUCCUGAAGAUCCACCGGAAUGGCAAGCUGCUCCUCUAGCGGCCUCUGGGCUACUGCCACCUAACUUUGGCCACCACGACGGCAACCCUUUUAACUUUCAGCGGUCGGAGUGUACAGAAUCCUGCUAUAAAUAUUUUUUAAUAUAGAUGUCCUUUCUCAGAGUGCUGAGAGCGACCAGUCCGCAAAAAGUUAACGCACCCGCGGCGCUGAGCAGCGGGAGGCGGUGAGGGGCGGGGGGGCGGGCGGGCGGCGGUGCCUGGCUGCCGUGUAGGUGCGUCUCCUGAGGCAUCCUUUUCCUAGAAUGUAGCUUGUACAUAGCUUUUGGAAUAACGACCACCUGUUUUUUAUAAGGGGAAAGUCUCUCCGGGCGCCGCCAGCCGCAGCGGCCUGUACCAGCUCUUUGCGUAACUUCUUGUACGAGGAGGGAGACAGUUAUUUUACUAGCACCUUGUGGAGUGUUUCCGUGUUUUGUGACGAUGUAAUUUAUUAAUGUUUGUAGCUUUUUAUAUUUGUACAUUUCUUAUGGGCUUUGUUUAUAUACACACAUUACCGGGGCGCGGCGCCCGCGGGGAACCAGAGCCACCCGCAGCCGUGGCGAGGGCCGUGAGGGCCGCACCGGCCUGGGCGUCGCGCCGGCUUUUUUUAUUAUGAUUAUUAUUAUUAGUAUUAUUAUUUUUUCGCGACAUGUACAUUUCUAACAAAGUUUAUCGUGGCUAUCUAUCUAUGACGGUGUUUUAUUUACCGAUUCAUAUCAAAUGCUCUUGUAUCAAGUUCAUGAAAUCUAAGUAAACCUAGAGCAAAGUUUAAAAAAAAAAGGGAAGAAAAAAAAAAAGAAAGCAAAGUAAACUAUUUCAGGUUUUGUAUA